GCAAUGAAGUAUGGGUACCAAUUAUCGAUUGCACGUCAUCGAUAAGUUAUGUGACAACCCUGAAGCCGAAAACAAGCAGCCACGCUAGAGAAGAAAAUCUGGUGGAAAAUUUACAAAAAUUGUAUUUGAAUAAACGCAAAAGCCAAUAGAGAAGUUCACACCAAGCAGGGGACUUUUUUCACGGAGCACCCCGGAUAGCACCGAAGUAAUUUUCGAACAUGGCCGAGGACUUCGAUGUGGAGGCGAUGCUCGAGGCGCCGUAUAUGAAAAACAAUGUCAGUGCGGGCAGCGGUGGACGUGGUGGACGCAGGCGCAGCGGCAGCAGUCCCGGUGGCGGAGGACACGAUGAUGACGCCGAGAAUGGUCCACGGAACGGCAGCGGCGGCGGAAGCUCACACAAAAAGCAAAGCAAGCGAUCCCGGAGUAGAAGCGGCUCACGAGAUGGCAAGUCUCGGCGAGAUCGCGGCAACGAACGUAGCAGUCAUCGGGACAAGGACAAAGAGCGCGAUCGAAACCGCGACGGAGGCGACCGGGAUCGACACCGCAGGGAAGGCGGCGAUCGUGACCGGGAGCGAGAACGUGAGCGCGAACGCGACAGAACUCGGCGCAGUCGAUCGCGGGAUGAACGCGGUGGAGGUGGACGCUACGGCGAUCGUGACAAGGAUCGGCGAGAUCGUCGCGGCGGCAGCAAGUCAAUGCAGGUGGAUCGCUCGCGUGACAAGCGUAGACGCAGUCGGUCCCGCGAUCAACAGCGCAAACGGCUGAGUCCGAUCCGUGAACGCAAGCGCAGUCAUUCCCGCUCAAGGGAUAGAAACAGUCGCCGUCGGGGAACCAAUUCGCCACGACGCCGCUCACCAGCGAAUGGAGCUGACCGCACCCCGCCCACCGAGCUCAGCCCCGAGGAGCGGGACGCCCGCACCGUCUUCUGCAUCCAGCUGUCGCAACGAGUGCGAGCACGUGACCUGGAGGAGUUCUUCUCCAGCGUGGGCAAGGUGCGCGACGUGCGUCUAAUCACGUGCAACAAGACGAAGCGCUUUAAGGGUAUUGCCUAUAUAGAGUUCGAAGAUCCCGAAUCCGUGGCACUGGCUCUGGGCCUCUCCGGCCAGCGGCUGCUCGGCGUGCCCAUCAUGGUGCAGCACACGCAGGCUGAGAAGAAUCGCCUCCAGAAUGCUGCACCCGCAUUCCAACCGAAGAGUCACACGGGUCCCAUGCGCCUCUACGUGGGAUCACUGCACUUUAACAUUACCGAGGACAUGCUGCGGGGCAUAUUCGAGCCCUUUGGCAAGAUCGAUGCCAUUCAACUGAUCAUGGAUACGGAGACGGGCCGAUCCAAGGGCUACGGAUUUAUCACGUACCACAAUGCUGACGAUGCCAAAAAGGCUCUGGAACAACUGAACGGCUUUGAGCUGGCCGGUCGCCUUAUGAAAGUGGGCAAUGUGACGGAGCGCCUGGACAUGAAUACCACCUCGCUUGACACCGACGAGAUGGAUCGCACGGGCAUCGAUCUUGGUGCUACAGGACGCUUGCAGCUGAUGUUCAAGCUAGCGGAAGGAGCCGGUUUGGCAGUGCCCCAGGCAGCUGCGAAUGCGCUGCUGGCCACAGCUCCGCAACCGGCGCCGUUGCAGCAACAGGAGGUGGCACCAUCGAUAGCCACACAGUGCUUCAUACUGUCCAAUAUGUUUGAUCCACGGACGGAGACAAACCCCACCUGGGACGUGGAAAUCAAGGACGAUGUGCUAGAGGAGUGCGCCAAACACGGCGGAGUGCUGCACAUCCACGUGGACACCAUCUCGCCCACGGGAACUGUGUACGUGAAGUGCCCGAGCACAACGACUGCUGUGCUGGCAGUAAAUGCACUGCACGGACGCUGGUUUGCCGGUCGAGUGAUCACGGCGGCCUAUGUGCCCGUGAUCAACUACCACACCAUGUUUCCGGACUCCAUGAACGUCGCCGAUCUGGUGACGUCUACGCGCAAGAACACCGACGAUUGAGCUGAAUGCGUGGGCAAAACUAUUGUUAAUAUUCGUUACAAGAACUAAUUUUUGGUCAAAACAUUUUCAAUUUUUUUAAAGACUCGACGCAAGCUGAAAAUUAGGGGCACAUAUUAAAAUACAAAUAUAUAUGAAUUUAAAAAUUUAAA